AUGUUAAUUUCCGCUCUAUUAUUGGCAUUAGCCGCUUCGGUGGCGUCCACGGAUUUCAAAGUGAAACCGGUGCGGUUACAAGGAGAUGCUCCAUACUCGCACAGAAGACUAUAUGGAAUUCGGCGGUUGAAGGUAAUUCGGCCACUAGUGGCGCCAAUGGGCGAAGUGGCACGAACGGCGAUGGUGCGACGACAUCAAUCAAUCGACGAAACCCCGUACACCUUUCCUCCGUAUGUUCCACGAGCACAAGUGCCUCCAAGGAUAAUUCCUGCUUCUCAUCCAGAAGCAUCAACGACUACUGUCAUAACUUACACCAUUGCCGCCGCCACCACGCCGCCAAUACCUCCACCAAGAUCCAUUCAAGAUUUCGAUGAAGCGAGGAGAAAACGAAUAGAGGCAAGAUGGAAGCGACUAGGCAUCAACCUCAAAGCAAUUCAAUAUCCGAUCCACCGAGCUGGUCGCGAAAAGUCCUCCGAACUGGAGGGAUUGAUCUCGGGAGUAAAACCCUCACCUCAGCCAAAAUUUAUUGAGGAAUCUAUGGAAGAAGAAAAACAGUUGCAAGCUCUACCGUCCAAGAAGGACGAGAUUCGAGUGGCGGCGACGCCAAACACUCGAAAAUCGGUCCCUCUGCCGACUGACGACAAGGACAUCCAGGUGGAGCCGCCAAGACGACCACGAAUCCACGGUCCGAUCCUGGGGACAUUCCCGUCUUCGAAGGACGAAGAUAUUCAAGAGUCGGGUUACGGUAUCAGUACUGGUGCUGCAUCGCGGCGUCCAGUGGCAUCGUCUGGGUGGUCUAAGACUGUGAUAUUACCGUCGGCUGCGUUACCACCACGAUUUGCCUCACCAGUGGCGACACCAACGCCGAAUAGCGACUACCAUUCUCGAACAACCCCCGUGUUCAAGAGUUACAAAUUCGCACAAAAACUCAGCCAGCGACCAAGAUUGAGGAUACGGCGACCGGGGGAAAAAGCGAUCUCUGAAAACUCAAUUCAAGAAGAUCCAAAUCUGACGCCGUUCCAGAACUCUGCACGAAAUCGUUUCGGAUACGGUAACCAUAUUGGGGUUGCCGGUCCUAUACCAUAUCCGCGAACAGCUCCACCAGUACCACUCACAGAAACUUCUACCACUUCAUCUACCACUACAACCACAGAAACUACCACCACAACAACCACAGAAGCACCAACGUCGUCAGCAGAUGCUUCAGAAGGUGACGCUGGCGAUUCAGGAGCAGGUUUCGGUUUUGGCCCUUCGGAACUGCCGCCUGAGCUUGCAAACGUUGGCUUUGGUAUCGGCGGCAACGGCAUCAAUUUCAACGUGCCCGCGCAAGAAAAACCGUCCUCUCCGGCACCGGAGAAUAAGCACCAGCGACCGAAGCAGAGAAAGCAACCAAAUCCAGAGAUUUUCAAAGAAGGCGAGCCAUUGGUCAUCCCACAGAACUCUGGUCUCCGGCCAGUUGCUCCACCAAAAGAGUUUCUCGACGGCGGUGGUUUUGGACCCGGCUCUGGAAGUAUUGGCGGAGGAGGCUUCGGUGGAGGAAGCGGCGGCGGCGGAUUUGGCGGCGGCAGCGGAGGUGCUCCUGGAGGAGGUGGCUUCGGUGGAGGGGGUUCAUCGCCUAAUGCAGGAUCAGGACUCUCCGCCGGAUCAGCACCUGAAACUCCACCCGAUCUCUUCACUGGCGACUCCGCCCUUACACCAUCACGUGGUCCAACUGGGGACGGAUAUGGACCUCCGAUAUUCCCUGGAGGAGCUGUACCUCCUCCCGUACCGGCUGUCGGCCUUGGAGGUGCAGCGGCUGGAAAAAGCCCUUACGGUGCUGCUGUUAUGGAGCCAACUGAGAAUCCACCCACGACUGUCAAGCCUUCUGCUUUGCUGAACGUAUUGAACAAAGCCGACCAAGGGAUCAAUCAAGCAAUCACUCAUUUCGAGCAGGGUAGUCCACUAGAAACGGCCGCAAUCGAUAUUUUGGAAGUUGCGUUGGGAUCUCAAAAACUUGAUUCGCAAGCGAAACUAUUGGGACAUGUCGACCGAGCGAUAGGUUUGGACAAUUUACAGCGAAUUCAGCGAUGGGCGAACACCGCUGGUGCGAUGGACGUGUUCAAAGAGGAGGUUGGGCGACGACCUGUGGUGAAAGCUAAGCUCGCCGUGGCAUGGCUGCUUAGUUUGGGGAAAAGUCUCUUUGCCACUCCAGCAUAUUCACUGCCUCAGUACCCUGCACACUGGGCCCUGCCGUCUCAGACGUCGGGCGGUAUGGCGACCGGUGAGAGGCGAUCAAAUCUCAGGUUGCUCAGGACGUCAUUGAUUCUGGACCAAGGCGACACACGCACGACUCGCCAUGGAGACUGUCUCAGACUGUGUACUUACAACGCGAGAACAGUUUCCACAGACGCCGACCUGCAUGCCCUUCUCGGAGCUGCAGAGCGUAUCAAAUUUCACGUGAUUGCUCUGCAGGAGACCAAAUGCAGAAGGAGCGACGUACGACAGAUGAAUGACGGUACACUCGUCAUUCGUGGAGAGAAGGUUCCGUCGCGAAAUGUAGGCGGUGUUGGUUUUGUUGUGCACCCAUCUGUCGUCCAUCUCGUCGAUUCUCACGAGAUCCUGUCACCUCGUCUGGCCAUUCUUCGCCUCCGCCCUCUGCGCCAAAAAUCCAUCAGUAUCAUCAACUGCUAUUCACCAACAUCAGCAGCUGAUGAUUCCGAAUUGGACGCGUUUUACGAGGAGCUGGAGGAAGUAGUCCACAACGAGAAGUCCUUUUACAAGUUCGUUGUCGGAGACUUCAACGCAAAACUAGGAAAGGCCACAGAAGAGGAAUACAGGAUUGGAAGAUUUGGACUAGGGGACCGGAAUGAAAAUGGCAAUCGUCUCGCUGGGCUGUUGUCCGCCGCUCGCCUCUUUCAUGGGAACUCUCUUUUCAUGAAAAAAGAUCAUCGUCGGUGGACAUGGGAAUCGCCCAAUGGCGCGACUCGUGCGGAGAUCGACCACAUACUCACCAACCGGAGGUGGUGUCUACUUGACGUCUCAGUAGUACCAUCCUUUUGUAGUGGUUCUGAUCACCGUCUCCUUCGUGCGAAAAUACGACUUAGCCACACGAUGGAAAAGAACAUGUGCUAUCGGCAACGAAGGAGAAAAGAAGUCGUCUACGACGAUUGCGUACUCGAGGACUCCCUGUCCCAAGGUGACUGGCACAUCGAGGAGGACCCAAACGUGGACUACGAGAUGCUGCUCAGAGGAUUACGAGCCUGUGCUGAACGUGCCUCGAAGUCGCGCACGACAAACUUGGAUCGAAUUUCGAAGACCACCAAGGAAUUGUUAGGAAGAAGAAGGGCUUUGAGGCUUGAUCCGAAUGCAUCGCACAUUGAGCGGUUAGUAGCAAACACUAGCUGCAGAAAAGCGUUGCAGGAGGAUCUUUUGAAGUACAGGCAGAAGAAGAUUCUAGAAGCAGCACAAAGAAGAACGAGUCUAAAGAAGUGCCGCAGGGAUCUCCGCGAAUAUAAUAUUCCGCUAGCAACCUUGCUGAGCGAAGACGGGACUCGCACGUCUUCUCGUCGUGAGAUGGAAAUCAUUACGGAGAGGUUCUACUCGAACCUUUUCCGUUCAUCAACUCCUGUGUCAAGCCCAAUCAUCCCCACUGGCGAAGCUCCACCACGGAUUCUCCCUUCGGAAGUACGAGUCGCUAUCAAGAGCAUGAAACCUGGCACAGCCCCCGGACCUGAUUUUAUAUCAGCAGACUUUCUUCGGGCUGGUGGCCAUCCGCUUCAUGUAAUCUUAGCAGCGCACAUGACAUCCUAUCUUCAGAAAGAAAGGAUCCCAGACCAGUGGAAGACCUCGCGAACCGUUCUUAUCCAUAAGAAAGGUGACGGAGAGGACCUUCGGAACUACCGUCCGAUAUGCUUGCUGAGCGUGUUAUACAAAGUAUUCACCAAGAUCAUCCUCACACGCAUAUCUAGGACGCUGGAUGAAGCCCAGCCUCAAGAACAAGCUGGAUUCCGCCAAGGGUUCAGCUGCUUGGACCACAUCCAGACCGUGUCGAGGGUCAUAGAGGUUUGCCGGGAAUACCGCCUGCCCCUAGUUCUAACCUUCGUCGACUAUGAGAAAGCCUUUGACAGCGUAGAAACGAAUGCAAUACUGUCAGCGCUGGUCGAUCAAGGUGUGGACGCGUCGUAUGUGAGGACAUUAGCCAAUUGCUACGAACGAUGCACGACUAGGAUACAGCUUUUCCACCGCCCUCUCACCAUACCCAUUGGAAAGGGGGUACGACAAGGCGAUACUAUAUCGCCGAAGCUGUUCACGGCUGCAUUGCAAUGGAUAAUGAAAUCACUAUCCUGGGAAGAAAGGGGCAUACGUGUUGAUGGGAGAUUUCUUUCGAACCUUCGUUUCGCGGACGACAUCGUUCUCUUUUCGAGCAGUACCAAUGAAGCAGAAACGAUGCUCAACGAAUUGAACGAAGCAGGGAAGAGAAUAGGACUACGAAUAAACAGAAAGAAGACACAGUUCAUGAAGAACGCGCACUGCGAGGACGGAGGAGUACAACUUGAAGGCUCCCAAAUCGUGGAAACUCCGUCAUACGUAUACCUUGGACGUUCUAUGAACAUGGAAAACGACUUGAAGGAAGAACUGAAUAGAAGAAUGAGAGCAGCAUGGGCAGCAUUCGCAGCCGUCAGGGAAGCUACGGACCAACUGACGGACCAUGAUCUUCGUGCCCAUCUGUUCGACUCGACAGUCCUUCCAGCGCUCUGUUACGCAGCGGAGACGUGGGCAGACACCGCAGCCACGUCUAGGAAGCUACUUACUACCCACAGAGCCCUUGAGAGAUGUCUCCUGAAGUUUAACCGGCGCACACAACACCUUGCCGGUCUUCGUAGCUCUGAAUUAAGAGGAAUGUCCCGUCUUCGCGACCCAGCGGAAUAUGUAUCGAAAGCAAAACAUAGAUGGGCCGGUCACAUCAUGAGAAGAAUCGACGAUAGAUGGACUAAAAGAACGCUAGAGUGGAUCCCAAGGGACGCUAAACGCCCCCGAGGGAGACCGCCAACGAGAUGGGGUGACGUGUUCGCUGCACGGAUGGACCAGCUGAGAGCUCAGCUGGAUACGGCUCAAGGACCUCGUCAUCGUCACUCACGAAGCUUGAGAACAUCUUGGAUGACAAUGGCGAGGGAACGAAACGAGUGGAAGAGAUGCUGGGGCCCGCACGUCGAGUGA